AUGGAAUUCCUGGAGGAAGAAUUUACUAUUGAAGAAGUAGAAUGUGUUCUAAAUCAAUUGGGAGGUAAUACUUCACUUGGUAAAGAUGGAAUUUCAAACUAUUUCAUCAAAGCAUAUUGGUCCAUCAUUAAAAUUAAUUUUUGGAAGGCAAUAAGUCAUUUCCUUUGCUAUGGGGAGCUGAACAAAGAAUGGAAGGAAACAUUGAUUGUGCUUAAACCGAAGGUAUCAAAUCCUAUUCUCCCAUCUAACUAUAGACCAAUAAGUCUAUGCAAUAUUGUGUACAAGGUAGGGGCAAGGGUAAUAUUGAACAGACUAAUUGUGGUUAUUCCAAAGCUUAUCUCUAAGGAGCAAGCGGUAUUCAUCAAGGGGAGGUCUUUGUCUGACCAUGUGUUGGUGGCACAAGAAAUUUUUCACAAACUAAGGUUCUCAAAAGCUGCUAAAGGUCUUGUAUCCUUCAAGGUAGACAUGGAACAAGCUUAUGAUUCCAUGUCUUGGUCUUCUCUUAGGAAAGUGUUGGAGUAUUUUGACAUUCUUACAAAGAUAUCCAAACUCAUCAUGGAGUGUGUGGAAGAUCCAACAUUUUCUUUAAUAAUCAAUGAUGAUGUGAUAACAUGGUCUGAAACUAAAAGGAAGGUUGUUAAGGGAGUUAAGAACAUCUUAAAAACUUCUGUGAAUAGACAGGCCAACAUUGUUUUAAGAAGACUUACAACUGAUGAUUUCCAGUUCAUUAUAGAUAGAGCCUUGAGGAAGCUUAAUUUAUGGGGAAGUAAAAUCUUAUCACUGGCAG